AUGCCGAGCAAAUUACGCAAGGCAAUUGGGGCGGUGAAGGACCAAACAAGCAUUAGCUUCGCCAAAAUCUCCAGCACCAACGCUUCCAACCUCGAAGUCCUCAUCCUUAAAGCCACUCGCCACGAUGAUGUCCCCAUCGACGAGCGCUACGUCGCCGAGGUCCUCUCCCUGAUCUCCUCCAGCAAAGCCUACGCCGUCGCCUGCGCCCAUGUCAUCUCCAAGCGGAUCGGGCGCACCCGAAACUGGAUUGUUGCCUUGAAAUCCCUAAUGCUCGUCCUCCGCAUUUUCCAGGACGGUGAUCCUUACUUCCCGAGGGAAGUCCUCCAUGCCAUGAAGCGCGGGGCCCGAAUUCUGAACCUCUCCAGUUUUCGCGAUGAUUCAAAUUCUAGCCCUUGGGAUUUCACCGCAUUUGUACGGACUUUCGCGUUGUACCUCGACGAGCGCCUCGAUUGCUUCAUAACCGGUAAAUUACAACGCCGGUUCACGCGCCGACGCGAUUGUGGAGGUGGAGCCGCUGCUGGCCGGACGGGGAAAUUUCGGCCCCCGAAGAUGUAUUUCAGCGACAGCAUGAAGCCGCCGAUGCUCCUCGACCGAAUUUCCUACUGGCAGAAAUUGUUAGACCGCGCGAUGGCCACCCGGCCCACGGGGGCAGCAAAAUCGAACCGGUUGGUUUUGAUAUGCUUGUACGCCGUCGUUCAGGAGAGCUUCGAUUUGUAUAAGGACAUAUCUGAUGGGCUGGCACUCCUUCUCGAUAGCUUCUUCCACCUUCCGUACCAAUCCUGCGCCACCGCGUUUCAGGCGUGCGUGAAAGCGGCGAAGCAAUUCGAAGAGCUAUGUUCUUACUACGAUUUUUGCAAAUCGAUGGGUGUCGGGAGGACAUCGGAGUACCCUAGCGUUCAGAAGAUCUCUGAGGAGCUUAUCGAGACGCUGCAGGAGUUUUUGAAAGACCAGGCUUCAUUUCCUGCGGUAACAGGUGGUGCCAGGUCUCCGCCGAGGCAGCCAGAUGGAGAGGAGGAGGCUGCAGUGGAGGGUAUUUCGUCUCGUGGUCGUCAAUUAUCGUCGCUUCAGGAACUCAUGGGACUAGCUGGGAUGGAGGAGCGAGAGGAAGAUGAAGAGCCUUCGAUGUCGUUGGAGAAUCAGGACAUGACCAGUACUGGUGAAGAUAAUAAUGAGUCCUCGAGCUCGUUAUCGUUUGAUCAAGGCACGACGACGAGCACGAAAAGUAGUUGUGUAAUGGACCUGUUGUCAUUGGACGAUUGGGAUCUAGAGGAUUUGAAGUUGGAGAAUGAGAAGGCCUUAGAGAAUUCAAAUUCGGGAUGGGAGAUUGUCCUGGCAGAGAUCGCGACACAAUCGAGCACCGAAAUCCCUAGCGGUUUCUUCGAUUUGAACGAAGUUGGGAAUUCCAACUCGCCGUUUGAUCACAAUUACAACCCGUUUCUACAAGAUAUGGAGGUUAGUUUGCCUGAAAUUGAAAUAGAAUCGAAGCCUCUGCCGUCACUGAUGGCAGGGGACGAGAAGGCAAUAGUUCUUAUGGAUGAUUUGUUCUCGUCGGCAGAUGAUUUCUUCUCGACCACGGCUUCAACGUUUCAGGCGAGGCCAACAUUCAGUGUUCAAAAUACUAAUAAUAAUCAGGAGAGUGGAAUGUCAAGUGGAUGGCCAAUUGAAAUGGAACAGAGGACGCCUGCAGGGGAUGAGAAUAAGGCAAUAGUUCUAUUUGAUGAUUUGUUCACUGCGGCACCAUCUUUUCAAGCAACACCGCCGACAUUCAGUGUAGAGAAUGGUGAGUGCAAUGGCUGCGAUGAUUUGUUUGGGCCGUGGCCAAUUGUGGCGAAAGGUGGUGAUGCGAUGGAGCGGGAGAAUUUGUUGAGGGAACAACAGAUGUGGUUGGCGAAUCAAAACAAGAUUAUAACGAAGAAUUUGUGUCAAUGA